AUGGUGGGCGGGUUUGGCUCUGAGUUUGGGGCCGCGGCACGGGGCAGGAAGCUGGACCCGGGGCUCAUCAUAAAGCAGGUGAAGGUGCAGAUCGCCGUGGCCAACGCACAGGAGCUGCUGCAGAGGAUGACCAACAAGUGUUUCUGGAAGUGCAUCGGGAAGCCAGAGAGCUCGCUGGAUAACUCGGAGCAGAAGUGUAUUGCCAUGUGUAUGGACCGCUACAUGGACUCCUGGAAACCGGUCUCACGAGCAUACAACUCCCGGCUGCAGAGGGAGAGAGCCAACAUAUGA